UUAAUCGACUUCUUCCGAAGCUUCGUCGGAGUGCUCACAAUCUCGGGGAAUCUGAGGUUUUACGGGAUAUAUAUAAUUCCAAAAUCUAUUUUUUCCCCGGUAUAAUCAAUCAAUUUUGGUCUCUACCCGUUCCGAUCAAAUCAGGAGUCGUUUUCAGAGUUGCUAUAGAUGGAUUUUCAGAGUUGCUAAGCUGAGAGAGAGUAUUAGUGAUUGCGAAGAUGGGCUUAUUGAAGAAAAAAGAUUCAACUUCAGCUCGCUCCUCUACUUCUCCCUGCGCCGAUUUGAGAAACGCUUACCACAAUUGCUUCAACAAAUGGUACUCGGAGAAGUUUGUUAAAGGGCAAUGGGAUAAAGAAGAGUGUGUUGCCGAGUGGAAAAAGUACAGAGACUGUCUCUCGGAGAAUUUAGAUGGUAAGCUUCUCACUCGCAUUUUGGAAGUAGAUGGUGAGCUGAAUCCAACAAAGCAAGCUGAUUCUAAAGAAUCUAGUUCAUGAUACUUGAUUCCCAUGUUUUUUGUCGAUAACAUUGUCACUUUAAAGAAAGAUUGAACAACUCUUUUAGUAGGAAACCAUAAAAUCAUAGAAUACAAAGUAGAAUGAGAUUGUUGUAUUCUUUAUUCAAAAAUGGAAGAAAAUAAAGGAAUCAUCAUUUCUUCUUGAA